GCUGCGGCUCGACCCGCCCCCGCGGCGCCCGGGGCGGGACCGGUGCCUGCCACCGCAGCCCCGCGACGACGAGCAGCAGAAACUCGGUUCCGUUCUGCUCCGCGCCGCCGCCGACUCCGCCGCUCGCUCCGCCGCCACCAUGUCCCUCUGCAGGGCUGCCUCGCAGGCGCUGGCCUCCCGCCUGAGCAGGGCUCCCGCGGCCGCCAGCCGCCUCAAGCAGCGUGCACCUUCUCGCCAGAUGUCAUCUGGGAGUGUUCCUGGUUCUUCUGGAGACAGCAUGAUGAUCUAUCUCCUUGCUGGUGUUGCUGCUUUUGGUGGUUUAUUUUAUGCCUACAGACUAGUCAGUUCAUCCCAUAGCAAGUUUAUUGAGCAUACGAAUAUUCUUCGCGAGAGAGCCGAGGGGCGGAAAAGCAAUCCUUGGUCAAGGAAGGAAGGUGAUGAAGAAGAGAUGGAUGAAGUCACUGAAGCAGAGAAGGCCAUGGAAGAGGCUGAUGCAGCAGCUGCUGUUGAACCUGCAGCACAGGAUGAGAGUGCUGGGGUAUCCCCAGAAGAUAGAGGGGAGAAUGACUCACUGAGUCCAGAGGUAUCCCAUCCUGUGGAGGAAGCACAGCAGGAGGCUGCUGCUAAUUUGGAACUUGCUGCUAAUUCAGAAGCUGCUGCAGUGCAAGAAACUGUGAGUGAAGUCUUGGAUGUUGCAGCUUCUUCUGCCCAUGAGGAAAACUUAGACAGUGAUAAGGAAGCAGUAGCCUCAGCAGCUCAAGAGAUUUCUGACACAGACUCAAAGAGCCAGGACACUGAUGUUGAGGAGUCAUGGCAAACUUCAGAAGUUUCUGAGGAGGAGAAGACAACUGAAGAAGUUGCUUAAGAUCCCUAAAGGUACACAGUACAGUUGCAGCAUGUGGUUUUCUGCUCUUCACCUAAGUUUUUAUCUCAGUUAGUGACAAUUGGAGCAUGUGUAAGCAGUGCGGAAGCCUUUGGAAAGUUUAAUGCAAAUAUUUGUGGCAAUCAACCAGCUGAUUCCUGUGUGAAACCUCAUACUCUUCCUUGGAGACAUAAAAGAAACUGUACAGUCUGUCCUAUCACACACCGGUCAUUAGGGUCAGUAUUAGUGCUGCAAGAGAUGAUUUACAUUGCCUAGAGAGACGCUUCUGUGACUAACAUCUCUGCUGUAGAAAGUAGCAUCCAGUCAAGCCACUCAGGAUGUUCUAAAUACAUGUGCUAAGAGAAGCAGUAGACUUAACUAAACCAUGCCAGAUGAACUCCUUCUGUGUCUUUGUUGUCUUGAUACGUACAUUGAUUUCUUACUUUUGGUCCAAACUGUUGUUGUGCAUAGUUACACCUUUGUAACAUUCCAUGCUAAAAUGUAAGCAAAAGGUUUUAAAAUCAAGUCAAAAUAUUAUAAAAGUAGCUGUUAGCAUUUUUAAAUUGGAUCACAGGGAAAAUAACAACCUGUUUGCUCCUGAGUUUGGAUUUCUGAUUGUAAGCAUAGGACAUCUGGCUGUACAUGAUCUGAUUUCCCCCCUGCAUAAACAUUUCAGAUGCUACCAUUCCUUGCACAAUAACAUCCAGGAGUAAACAUUUAAGGCUCCUGCUUUGGGAAGAAAACCUGUUUGCAAGUAGUAGCAAUAGGUACUUCAUAGCAUUACAAUCAAAAUAGCACUGGUCGGUGUUGUCAUCAUGGAUCAAAGUAGUGGCUCCUGCCUUCGGUGGGCUGGGCUCUGCUCCUCCCAAAUCUCAUUCAGCUUACUGUGGUCUUUCUGUGUUGCUCUGUCUUCACAGUGGCAUGUGGUGGUAGUAUAGCAACACAAAGUUUUGGUGUAAACCUUCAAACUGGUACAAAUCACAAGUGUUUUAGGCCAUGGCAAAGCCUGUCUCCAAGCACUUGCAGACAGAGAGCAAAAUGCCUGUGAAGGGCUAUGCAACAGGUGUUCAAAUGCAUUCUUAGGGACUAAGAAAGAACUGAAUAGCUAAAUAAUGUUGUUUUCUCUGUAUUAGCUUAAUAAAAAAUACAUAUAUUAUGAAUAACAGGUUUGUAUGCCACUGUGCUCCCAACGCUCCAUUGUGCUACAUGCACAAGCGUGCAUCUAAGACAAAACAUUGAGACCCCAUUGCAGCCAUCACAGAAUGGCAAUGAUUCUAAACCAGGGCUAAAUAAGGUAUAUUAUGUACAAUUUAUAUAGAAAGUGUGUUUCAUAAGGUGUGUCUGAUUCUUCUCUCUUCAAGCAGAAGUUUGGAAAAUGUUGAAAGAGAAAUUACAGCAUUAUGACAUUCCUACCCAUAGCACAAAGUGACACAUGCUCCUUCCCCCAUCAUAAAGCAAAUUAUAAUAGUGUUCCAACAAAAAUAUAACCUGUUGCUCCUGGACCUACUUAGGAAUAACUGGAACAAGGCAGAGUCAAAAGCAGGCUCCUGAGCUUCAAGAAGAAAAACCACAGCCUUCUGUUUAAAGGAUAAAGCCUCUGUGAUUAAAAGCAAUUUUUGUAGCCAAAGCUACUGGAAUAAAAAUCUUAGACCAAUAUUUUGUUGGAUAAGAGUCUAUUUAUCUGGUAGAUUAAACAUGCUGCGAUGGAUGUAUGCACUUAAAUGUUCUAUUUCUUCAUUUUCACUAAUUGCUAGUAAAAGAAGUUAUUUUAACUGCUUCUAACAGUAUGGUUUCUGAAAUUGUAGGCUUUUCUGAAUGGCUUUUUAUCUCUGGAACUGCUCUGGUACAUGGCAAAAUAUUUUAGCCCUCCAGAACAACUGCCUGAAGGACUGAAUCACAAACUAUGAUGAGCUUUCCAAAGUUUUUCAUCCUUCCAAUUUCAAAAAAAUGUGAGAGUCCCAAAAUAGCCUGUACAUGUGCUUUAUGUCAGAGUUCCUCUUUUUUUGCUUUUGUUUCAUAUAGGUUUUUUUUAAUUAAAAAAAAAAAAGAAACUACUCUUGAAAGACAGAGGAAUUAGGAAUAUAUUAUGAACUCUAGCUGUGAUGAUAUGUAGCACAGUAUGGUCUGCUUCAGCACUUGACUCUCUUAGAAUAACAACAGAGAUAUUUUGCAAUUCGCAGAGCUCUGGCCAUUGUUGAUUCAGUCUUGCUAGUAUGGAGUCUGAAUACCACAUAAAUUAAUAUUUUUCUGUCCUUCACUUUCAAAAAAGUGAAUUUUUGAGUUGCUAUGCAAAGGCUGUGAUGAACCAUGGAAAAUGUUGAAAGAUAUUGUUGAAAUGGAUCAUUAAGAAGAACAAGGCCACAGCAGAGAACAGACAUAAUGCAAGACUAAAGGAGAUGGGAGGAAAGGUUUGGUCUUGAGAAUAUACUUCACUGGCCAGAGCAAAGCUUGAGAUUCCAGAAUUUGUCCAAAUGGCACAUUGCUCCUUUGCUGUCAGCAACUAUCUGUGAAAACAGCUGGCAAGGAUUUUCACCUCCCUCUAGAGCCAGUUGUCCCUCUAAGUUCACCUCUCUGAAGGGCAACAGCCUGUUGCUGCUGGCAGCUAUUCACAAAGCUGAAAAUUCUGGAGACAACGAAGUCCAUCUAACAGUUUCAGGUUUACUCUUUGCCUGUAUUGAUGUAGAUAUAGAAUUUCAAUUUUAUGUUCGUUUGUUUCUUCAACACAUAAGACAAUUACUAAAAAACAUAAUUCAAACUGCAAGCUGGUUCUCAGCACUUGGAAAAUCCAAGAGUGAAAUACUUUAAUCAAGAUUUCUUAUGUCUGUAACAAGCUUUGAUGAUGUGAUACUACUUUUUAAAUCUGUUUUUCUGAAAAAGGAAAAAAACCACAAAAAAACCAAAACAAAGACAAAAACUCAAUGUAUUCCAACCCAGCCAAGAAUGUGCUGUGAUUCUUUUCCUCACCUGUUGGCCUCUUUCCCUCAAAAAUUUUGAGCCAACUAGCCACCCCAACUUCUGCUUUACUAGGCAGCUGAGAGGAACACAAAGUUCCUACCAGCUGUGUGAUAACUGAGAUCAGUUAUAUAUAGGUGUAACUACACCUAUACACAUAGGUGCAACUAUGCACAACAACAUAUAUAACAGAUAAGUAAAUAUAUGAUGCAGCUCUGUGGCACUUUUGUGGCUGCAAUCAGCUACUGUAGGUGCUGUUUCCUCCCUGUGGGUGGUUAGGAAAGACUGAGAGGAGAGCUGAGAGGACAGAGGCACAUAGAGGGUGAGGGCAGACAAGCAGGGACAGAAGGUAUUUUAUGUAAAAGGACACAGGAGCUCACUUUGUGUGCUGCCCAUGGGGUGGUCCAUUUCCAUGGAGUGCCAUCCCUGUUGUGAUACACACAAUUCUGCUCUUAGGAAAGGUAUUACUUGGUUGUGUGCUUUUCUUUCUUGCCCUCCUCACCUGCUGCAGAAGAUGGAAGCUGUGCAGGAUGAUGGAAGUCAAUUCCAUUCCCAAGCAACAGGGUUCAGGCAUCACCAUGGGUAACUGGAUUCUCCUGCAUUCUGGGCAUUACUCUUUUCUUUGGGAUGCUGCAAGAGAUUUUAUCUCCUCCAGCUCUUUUGGAGGGGGAAAAGGGCUAAAACUGUAGGUUUCUAUGCUGGAGUUAUUCCUGCUACUUGCUUGAACUACAGGUAAUUAAACAGGUUGUUGAAAUAGCA